AUGCGUCGCAGGGGCAAGCGCCGCGCCACGAAGCGCCGAAAAGUUGGUGCCGAGCCGAAGAACCCGCUCGAGCGCCCCGACCAAUCGGCGAUGGAUGAUAAAGCCGCGAUGCCGCUCGCGAAACGUCGAAAAUUUGAAGAUGAGCAGGAUGAGGAGCACGAGCUGCCCGGCGACUCGGUGAAGGACGGUGAAUCGAAGCCGCGCGUCCAAAUCUACGACUUUUGCUGCGAGAUCCUCUGGAAAAUCGUGGAGCAGCUUGAGGUUGGAGAGGUGCUCUCCCUCGCAAAGUGCCACCCGAACCUGCUGGGCGCGCUGAAGGAAUUCCCGAACAAGGGCUACAACCGCGUUCAAUGGGGCGCCGACAGAGUGGUCUUCUCGGAUGGCAUCACGAUACAGGACGACGAGGGAAAAAACUGGACGCACGCCGAGGCGGAGAUUCUGCUCGCCGAUGCGUGGGUGGAAAGCCUGGACUACUCGCUGCAUCUCGACACCAAGCUCAACAUCAAAGUCGGCACCGUCAACUUCCAGGGCGAGCCGGCAGACGCCUACAAAUGCGCGGCGCUGAUCGAAAGCUGGGAACCGUGGAGGGUGAGCUUCCCGAAGUGGGGCGCUUCCGUCUUCCGCUUCUACCCGGAUCUGGCGCGCCUACUAAAAGAUAUCAGCUACAUCGGCCUGUUCCGCUUGCCGAUCCGCUGGCUCAGCGAAGUCCCGGAGUGGAACCUGACGUGUGUCGACCUGAAGAUUGCCACCGGUGGAAAGGACAUUGUUAUCCAGCUGGCCAACGUGUUCCGCGCCCUCUGCGACCAGUGGAUCUCGUUUCAACGCUCCGAAUUCUGCCUCCAAAUCUACGUCAAGGACUCGCCGCUGGCGCUUGCUGAAGUGCUGCAAAUUUUGGAGCAGGACGGUUACGCCCUGCCGAUCGUCCGCCGUGAUCGCUGCCGGUUGACGUACGGACACUUCCUGAACCGCCUGCUGAUGCGCGGCCACUAUCCAGAA